UCCAAGAAAUGACUGCAAUAUUUUCCAUUGUAUAUUUUUCCCUUCGUUGAAGUCCUUGGGAUGGACAUAAAAGCAGCCAUAUCUCCAACAAGUUCUCCUAGUUGUCUGGCCAGAACAAAGAAAUCAUGAAGUUUAUUUUACUCGUGGCCUUCUUGGGAGCUGCUGUGGCCUUCCCCAUUGAUGACAAUGAUGAUGACAAGAUCGUUGGCGGAUACACCUGUGCAAAGAAUUCCAUCCCAUAUCAAGUCUCUCUGAAUUCAGGAUACCACUUCUGUGGUGGAUCCCUCAUCAACAGCCAGUGGGUUGUGUCAGCUGCUCACUGCUACAAGUCGCGUAUCCAAGUGAGACUUGGAGAACACAGUUUGGACUCAAAUGAUGGCUCGGAGCAAUACAUCUCCUCAUCCAAAAUCAUCCGUCACCCUAAUUUCAACUCCAAUACGUUGAACAAUGACAUCAUGCUCAUCAAGCUGUCUUCAGCAGCCACCCUCAACUCCAAUGUCCAGGCUAUCUCUCUGCCCUCUAGCUGUGUUAGUGCUGGGACACAGUGUCUGGUCUCUGGUUGGGGCAACACCCUCAGCAGUGGCACUAAGUACCCUGACCUCCUCCAGUGCCUGAGGGCUCCAGUACUUUCCUCCAGUCAGUGCAGUGCAGCUUAUCCGGGGCAAAUCACCAGUAAUAUGAUCUGCGUGGGAUACCUGGAAGGGGGCAAAGACUCCUGUCAGGGAGACUCUGGUGGACCGGUGGUCUGCAAUGGGGAACUCCAGGGGAUUGUCUCCUGGGGCAAGGGUUGUGCUCUGAAGGGCUCUCCUGGCGUCUACACCAAAGUUUGCAACUACGUCUCCUGGAUUCAAAGCACCAUCAGAUCCAACUGAUCAAAGAUCCCAGCUGAGAAGACUUUUCUUCCUCUUCUUCCUCUUACGUCACAGUGUAGUAAAUCUGCAUACUAGUAAAUUCAAAAUCAGGGACUGAAUAUGCAACAGCCCCCCCCCCAAGUUGAAUAACUUUCAAAUAAAGGUUCAAUAAGCUUCCAGAAAA